GAUGACCCUACUUCUAGGUCCUCCAGGUGCAGGGAAAACAACAUUACUUCUAGCCCUUGCAGGGAAGCUUGACCCAGAUUUAAAGGUUCGUGGGAGAGUAAGUUAUUGUGGGCAUGAGCUUAAUGAAUUUGUUGGUAGAAAAACUUGUGCCUACAUUGGGCAACAUGAUAUUCACUAUGGAGAAAUGACAGUGAGAGAAACAUUAGAUUUUACAGCACGUUGUCUAGGUGUUGGGACGAGGUAUGAAAUGUUAGAAGAACUUCUACGACGGGAGAAAGAAAAAGGAAUCAAACCUGAUCCUGACAUUGAUGCAUUUAUGAAGGCUACCGUCAUAUCUGGUCAAAAAACCAAUUUGCAAACAGAUUAUGUUCUGAAGAUACUUGGAUUGGAUAUAUGUGCUGAAACCAUGGUUGGUAAUAACAUGAGAAGGGGCAUCUCAGGUGGACAAAAGAAGCGUGUCACAGCAGGGGAGAUGCUAGUAGGACCGGCAAAAGCACUUUUAAUGGAUGAAAUAUCAACAGGACUGGACAGUUCCACCACCUUUCAGAUAUGCAAGUUCAUGAGCCAAAUGGUUCAUAUAAUGGAUGAAACCAUGGUCAUAUCUCUUCUCCAACCACCACCAGAGACAUACGAACUAUUUGAUGACAUCAUCCUACUUUCAGAAGGUUACAUUGUGUACCAAGGUCCACGUCAACAUGUGCUACAGUUCUUUCAAAACAUGGGUUUCAAAUGUCCUCCUAGAAAGGGAGUUGCUGACUUUCUACAAGAAGUAACGUCUAAGAAAGAUCAGCAACAGUAUUGGUUUAGAAAGGAUGAACCAUAUAGGUAUGUUUCAGUUCCAGAAUUUGCCGAGUCUUUCCAUUUGUUUCACGUAGGAGAACAGCUUGAUACUGAGUUUAAGGUUCCUUAUGAUAAGAGGCAAACCCACCGAGCAGCCUUAGUUAAAGACAAGUAUGGUAUAUCAAGUUGGGAACUAUUGAAGGCUUGUUUCUCAAGAGAAUGGUUGCUUAUGAAACGUGACAUGUUUGUGUACGUAUUCAGGAUAAUACAGUUAGUUGUGUUGUCUAUUCUAGGCUUUACUCUGUUCCUUAGAGUUGAAAUGCCAGUGGGCACAGUUGAAGAUGGGGGAAAGUUCUUUGGAGCACUGUUCUUUUCUCUGGUGAACAUAAUGUUCAAUGGGUUCUCAGAACAAGCCAUGAUUGUUUCAAGGCUUCCUGUCUUUUUCAAACAAAGGGAUUUCAUGUUUUACCCUGCAUGGGCUUUUGCCUUACCUAUAUGGGUUCUCAGGAUCCCCAUUUCCUUCGUGGAAUCAACAGUAUGGAUUGUUCUCACAUACUACACAAUUGGAUUUGCUCCUUCAGCUAGCAGAUUUUUCAAACAACUAUUGGCACUGUUUGGCGUCCAUCAGAUGGCUAUCUCUCUAUUCCGGCUGGUUGGUGUAAUCGGAAGAACAUACGUUACUUCUAACAUACUGAGUGGUUUGAUAUAUCAACUAGUCUUUGUGCUUGGAGGAUUUGUUGUCUCAAAAAAUAAUAUCAAACCAUGGUUGAAAUGGGGUUACUAUGUUUCUCCCAUGAGUUAUGGUCAGAAUGCUUUGGUACUAAAUGAAUUUUUAGAUGAAAGAUGGAGUAAACCAAAUACAGACGCAAGAUUUGAUGCACCUACAGUUGGAGAAGUGCUUCUCAAGUCUCGAGGCUUUUACACUGAAGAUUACUGGUUUUGGAUAUGCAUCGGAGCGUUGUUUGGUUUUAUUCUUCUUUUCAACCUUCUCUGCAUUGUUGCAUUGACCUAUUUGAAUGCUAUUGGUGAUUCAAAAGCAUUCAUCACGGAUGAAGAUGACAAGAAGAAUGAAGGUAUUUCUUGCUCAUUCAAGUGUCAGGGAAUAGACAUGGCAGUAAGAAAUGCUUCUCAUCGAGAAAGAAGAAAAGGAAUGGUCAUGCCGUUUCAACCUCUUUCACUUGCGUUCAAUCAUGUUAACUACUAUGUAGACAUGCCAGCCGAAAUGAAAAGUGAAGGAAUCGAUGAAGAUAGACUUCAACUACUGCAUGAUGCAAGUGGUGCUUUUAGACCAGGAGUAUUGACAGCACUUAUAGGUGUUAGUGGUGCUGGAAAGACAACCCUUAUGGAUGUACUAGCUGGAAGAAAAACAGGUGGAUACAUCGAAGGAAGUAUUAGCAUAUCAGGUUACCCAAAGAACCAAGCAACAUUUGCUCGUGUCAGUGGUUAUUGUGAGCAGAAUGACAUUCAUUCUCCGAAUGUUACUGUCUAUGAAUCACUAUUAUUUUCUGCAUGGCUUCGCCUUCCUUCAGAUGUCAAUACACAGACGCGAAAGAUGUUUGUUGAAGAAAUUAUGGAGUUGGUUGAGCUUAAAUCAAUCAAAGAUGCUCUUGUGGGGCUUCCAGGCAUAAACGGUCUAUCAAUUGAACAGAGGAAGAGACUUACAAUUGCGGUAGAAUUGGUUGCCAACCCUUCAAUUAUCUUCAUGGAUGAGCCAACAUCUGGUCUUGAUGCUAGAGCCGCAGCUAUUGUUAUUCGAACUGUGAGAAACACAGUGGACACUGGCAGAACCGUUGUGUGCACAAUUCAUCAACCAAGCAUAGACAUUUUUGAAGCUUUUGAUGAGUUAUUUUUAAUGAAAAGGGGAGGACAAGUUAUCUAUGCUGGACCUCUUGGUUAUCAUUCACAGCAGCUCAUAGAAUAUUUUGAAGCUAUUCCAGGGGUUCCAAGAAUCAACGAUGGCUGUAAUCCUGCAACGUGGAUGCUUGAAAUUAGCACUCCUUCAUAUGAAGCUCAACUUGGCAUAGAUUUUUCGGAGAUUUACGCUAACUCUACUCUUUACCUAAAUAAUCAAGAGCUUAUCAAAGAACUCAGUACUCCACCAUCAGGUUCCAAUGACUUGCACUUCCCAACCAAAUAUUCCCAGUCAUUCUUUGUGCAGUGCAAGGCUUGUUUUUGGAAACAGUAUUGGUCUUAUUGGAGAAAUCCUUCCUACAAUAGCACUCGAUUCUUCUUCACAAUAUCCAUUGCGUUACUCUUUGGUCUAAUUUUCCUGAAUAAAGCCAAAAAUAUAAAAAAGCAACAAGAUGUAUGGGAUCUUCUAGGAGCCAUGUAUACAGCUGUGAUGUUCCUUGGAACCCAGAACACUAUGGGAGUGCAGCCAAUUGUUGACAUAGAAAGAACCGUAUUGUAUCGUGAAAGAGCAGCAGGGAUGUAUUCAACAUUGACCUAUGCAAUUAGUCAGGUGGCAGUGGAGACAAUUUACAACGCUAUUCAAACUACACUCUUCAGUGUCAUAAUCUACUCCCUGAUUGGGUUUGAAUGGAGAGCGGCCAAAGUUUUUUCAUUUUACUACUUCAUGCUCGUUUGUUUGAUCUACUACACACUAUAUGGGAUGAUGAUUGUUGCCCUAACACCGAGUUUCCAAGUUGCAGCCAUUUGCAAUACCUUCUUCUUAUCCAUCUGGAACACGUUCUCUGGCUUUGUCAUUCCUAGGACGCAAAUUCCUAUAUGGUGGAGAUGGUACUAUUGGCUUACUCCUAAUGCUUGGACACUGUAUGGCAUUGUUACCUCUCAACUUGGUGAUGAAAAUGCAGAAGUGGAAAUCCCAGGAGCUGAAAACAUGGCGCUGAAGGAACUGCUUAAGAAAACCUUUGGUUAUGACCAUCACUUCCUCCCAGUGGUUGUUAUUGUUCACGUAGCCUGGGUUCUCCUUUUCUUGUUUGUUUUUUCCUAUGGCAUCAAAUUCUUGAACUUCCAAAAAAGAUGAGAUGGAUUGUCUUGUUCCCUCCAACCUUUCGGCUUCAAAUUUAUGGAUUAGUCAUUAAUAUAUUUGAUGACUAUUUCACUAAGUAGGGUCGAGAACCACACUUUCACAAACGAUUCAAAUCCGAGGAGGGGUAGAUACCUGGUAAAGUACUCUC